AUGACCAACUCUACCUCCCAUGCACCCCCCAUUGUUGAUCGCACCGCUGAGAUCGAGCGCAUUCUCAAGCACCGUGUGAUGGUCUUGGACGGCGCAUGGGGCGUUAUGAUUCAGACAUUACAGCUGCCUGAGAGCGAAUUCAGGGGUGAGCAGUUCGCCGAUCACGAGAGCGACCUCAGAGGCUGUGUUGAUGUGCUUUCGCUCACGCGGCCCGAUCUCAUUCGCAGCAUCCAGCGGCAGUAUUUGGACGCUGGAGCGGACAUCCUCACAACUAACACAUUCACGGCAACACGCUUCGGGCUGUCGGAAUUCGGCCUUGAAAACUCUGUCCACGACAUAAAUCGUGAAGGCGCUCGACUCGCCCGAAUAAUCGCUGACGAAUACACGCAGCGCAAUCCGGAGAAACCUCGGUUCGUGGCAGGCAGUAUUGGGCCAACCAAUAAGACUCUAUCUCUGUCUCCUGCUGUGGAUGACCCAGGGUACCGUGAUAUCAGUUUUGACGAAAUUGUCGAGGCGUAUUCGGAAGCUGUGAGAGGCUUGCUCGAUGGUGGAGUCGACAUCCUCUUGGUGGAGACGGUUUUCGACACUCUGAACGCCAAAGCCGCGCUAUAUGCCAUAGAGAAAGUGUUCGAUGACAUUGGCGCGCGCGUGCCGGUAAUGGCCUCCUUCACAGCAGUUGACAUGAGCGGGCGUAAUUUAUCAGGACAAACCGUGGAGGCAUUUUACGCUUCGGUGUCACACAUCCCUCUGCUCAGCGUGGGAAUUAACUGCUCGCUGGGCAGUGAACAGAUUCGACCAUUCCUUGCGGAACUUGCUGAUGUGUCAUCUCACUUUGUUUCGUGCCACCCGAACGCAGGACUUCCAAACGAGUUUGGCGAAUAUGACGAAUCACCUGCCUACAUGGCCGCUAAUCUGCUUGAGUUCGCUGAAAGCGGACUCGCAAACAUCGUGGGAAGCUGCUGCGGCUCAACUCCCCGAACACACUCGAGCUAUUGCGGAGGCCGUAGGCGGUAUCACGCCUCGCAACCUGCCCUCAGCAACAGCAAACACAAUCCUGAGUGGCCUUGA